CUUUCGUAGUACACGGUAUACAAACAGCAUCAAAGCAUGCGGCUGUUUCACAUCACAAAAUCUUGACAAACAACGCCGAAAAAGGGAACUAUCGGACCAGCUUCAAGCCAUGGAGGUGGCCGGCAGCAACAAACUACAAGAGGAAACUGAAAACACCGGAUCGGUGGAAAAUACGGCGUCCACCAGUGCCGAUAUCACAAAAAGCUUGGCGCCGGAGCCCGAGUUUUAUGACAAGGCCCAAAGGUACUGGUCGGAAGUUCCUGCGACAGUAAAUGGAAUGCUGGGAGGCCUGGGAUACAUCAGCGCUAUCGAUAUACAAGGAUCAAAUACCUUUCUGCGGGAGAUCAGAGUCCCGGGGAACAAGCUGGCUCUGGAUUGUGGCGCCGGAAUUGGAAGAGUUACAAAGAACUUGCUGCUGCCGCGAUUUAGUCGCGUUGAUAUCGUAGAGCAGGAUCACGCAUUUGCCGAAAAAGCCAGGGAAUACUGCAGCACCCCGGGAGCAGGCGGAUCUGGAGAGUUGGAUGAAAUUUUCAAUGUGGGCUUGCAGAAAUUCGCGCCUAAGAAGGAGUACGAUCUUAUCUGGAGCCAAUGGGUACUGGGUCAUCUCACCGACCGCGAUCUGGUAUUGUUUUUCCGACGCUUGCGGCAGGGAUUGGCGCCGGGCGCCUAUUUCUGCAUGAAGGAGAAUGUGAGCAGCUCCAGGAAGACGGUGGAGGAUAAGCAGGAUUCCUCCGUAACGCGACCCCUUGAUCACUAUGAACGGUUCCUUAAGGAAGCCGGUUUCCGCAUUGUGCGGAAGGUUAAGCAGCAAAGCUUUCCCAAGGGCCUCUUUCCUGUUUAUAUGAUUGCCUGCAAGCCCGUUUCCAAGGAAUAAAAUAUUUAAUAGUUAGGAUGCGUACAGGAUGUACUCAAACAAUCGGACCACGAAAUUAAAUGUCACAAAACUAGCUAGUCAUCGAAAUUUGUAAUUUUGUUCGAACCAGUGAAUAAAAAAGCUUGCAUUGUUUUGUUCGUUUGACCAUUAAA